CUGAUGUCUGCAGUCAGUCUAGUUGAAGAUGAAUACAAAUUGAAGCAACAUAUAUCACCAACCAGAGCUGAAGUCUAUCGACAACCAGAACUGAGAAUUUAUUUUUUUUAAGGAGUGCUGUACAUGGAAGGGGAAAAUGUCGCUGUCAACUACUUCUGGGAACUCCAUGUGGGAUAUUCAGAUACCAUUCUCAGAGGAAGUUAAGUACUGGGCUUUAGGGAUUUCUGUUUUUCUUUUUCUCAUUGCCAUCUGUAUACUGAUAUGGCAAAUUCAUCGAUACUACACACAACUGACUGAUUCGAGGCAUACUGGUAUGUUCCAUAGCAAAAAUCAUAAUUAUACAUUUGUAAAAUCAGAGAAUAAAUGCUUUGUUGUUGAUAUUGUAAAUACAAUGAAAAAUUAUUGUCCAGUCCAGACAAUUAAGUAGAGAUCUGUGAUGUAGUGAGAAACUGCAUGUAGAAUAGAGUGUAAUACAUUUGAAUAUUUAAUUGCAGUUAAUAGCUCAGUAUUAGGCAUCCAGUCUGCAAAAAAUGCAACAUCUCAAAGCUUACAGAUAUUCAACAACCAGCUGUAUUUUCACCGUGAUGAAGUAGGAGGUUUAAGUUACUGUCUGUCCAGCAGCUCUGAUCUGGCCAGCAGUACUGACAGUCUCUUGGAUGUGGAUAAGGAACACAUUCAGGGCAUGCUGCGAUUCUCACUCUUCUAUGAUCAGCUGCAGUCUCAGUUGGUGGUGACUGUAUUGGACGCAAGAGGCCUGGCAGCACGAAUGUUCAGUCAGAGUGUGACCCCAUUUGUCCAUGUACGAGUGCUGUGUUUAGCAGUGGAGGCUGAAGAGCAACAGCUCACUUGUGUGCUUCAGGAGUGGCAGACACGCCCAGUUAAGGACAGCUGCAACCCUACAUUUGGGGAGAGGUUUUCCUGCACAGUGACUAAGGAGGAAAUGCCAAGGGUCACAGUGCGGCUGGAGGUGAGAGAUUUUAAUAAAUACUCUAGACACGGUAUUCUGGGAGAGGUCCGGGCAUCUUUGAAAGGUCUAAAUAUCUUAUAUCCUUUGGAAAUGCUGGCAGACCUACAGCAAGCAAAGAAAGACAUUGUUGGUGAGGUACUUCUGUCUCUCAAAUAUAUGCCCACUUCUCAUAGGCUGGAAGUGGGAGUCCUGAAGCUCAGGAUGGUUUUCCGUUCUAGUAAGGUGGAAAAAGCUCUAUAUGUCAAAACCAAAAUUGUGUGUAACCAGUGUGUAAUUAGACAACAGAGAACCCCUGAGAGGACUCGUUGGGAUGUGACUGUGUUCAAUGAGGUCCUGAUCUUCACUCUACCAGAAGCUCAGAUUAGGGAAUGCAUCCUCACUUUAUCUGUCUAUGAGCUCUGUCCCCCAAAGAGGUCCAAGUGCCUAAUUGGUAGGCUAAGCUUUGGAAAGACUGAAAAUGUGGAGGAUGAGCACUGGAGGCUAAUGAUACAUGCACUUCGUCAGCCAGUUGCUAAGUGGCAUUUACUCUACUUAUAAAAGUAGCUACACCAUGGACAUAAUUAUAGACUUGACACAAUGAAGACUAUUGUGAAAUUUUAGCUCUAGAAAUUUUAGGGCAUGGACUUUUCGAUCAAAACAUACGAAACGUGAAAAACUAACAAAAGAUAUAAAAAUGCAUGUUAAAAGAGCUCACUUUGUUUUACACUAGUUACCAAUGUGACUUUGGUUCUGUGAAGGUCAAUGAAUUGCCGUGGGCAGUGAGAAUCAUGUGAAAGCUGCUCAGAGUGACUAUCACACUCACUCCACUGGGAGGACCUACAUUGUUGUAGAAUCUGGAAAAAAGGUAAUAGUCAACUAGAAACUGCACAAACGUCCUGGAGCAGCACAUCUCUAAAUAAUGCCCUAAUUAAAAUACAUAAUAAAUAUGCUAUAUAUUCUUUUUAAAUGCUAUAACACUGUUCAUAUAUAUAUAUAUA